CCAUGUCCGUGGCCUACCAAGUCCGUGGCCUACCAAGUCCGUGGCCUGCAAGUCCGUCGCCUGCCAAGUCCGUCGCCUGCCAAGUGCUACCCGACGGCCGCUCGCCGCUGCGAGAAAAUCGAGUGCAUGCACAGACAAAAUCCGAACGUGUCGGAUGCGAUAGAUGGAUGCGAUGGAUGGAUGGAUGGAUAUGGUGUCAUUUUGUCUUGGCUCAGCCCGCCCGGGUGCUGCCCCCGAAUGAACGAACGAAUGGACGAUCCGCAAAUACCCCCGCCCCCGCCCGCCCACUGCACUUGCACUGCACUGCGGCGGGCAAGGCAGAGAAUAAGGUCGAUCGGGGUAAAGGUUCGAGUGUCCUAAUGCAACUGCCAAGCAGCCCUACCUGCUGUGUAACAGAAAAGUCGGCGAAGUGCUUCCUUGCUCGUGUCGAGGACCACUAAUUAGGAACGAAUUGUCUUGGUGGCGCGGAAGC